GAAAUUAAAUCGCGAGCUUUGCUGAGGCACUUAUAUUAUAUUGUGAUGGUGCUUUUGAAUUUUCUUUUUUAAAUUCAGUUUUUUGCUUCUUUGCGUCGCAGAUAUUUUGCAGCAAUUUAAUUCAUUCGGUCCCGAAGCUUUCGCUGCGAAGCCUUGCAGUUGCCGUGAUCGUUGUUUUGUAUAUACAUUUUUUGUACGUUGUUCUUUCGCAAUUGUGAAGUGUUUUUUUUGCUUGUCAUGAAUUAAUCCGUGAUGCUGGCCAAUUUUGCUCCAUUGUGCACGCUACAUGGAUGUUGUUUUUGUGCUGUUUCUAUCAAGUUACAAUGGAUAAUAUGUAAUUAAUUAUUGUUGAAACGAAAAGCCAGCGCCAGCACUUAAACCGAUCCGGGCGUGCAGUGAUAAAGUGAAAUGAAAAUAUGUGGUAAUUUUUAGUUGCUGUAUCAUUAAUUUGAUGCACUUAUCCAGAAAAACGACGAACAAAACAGAAGUAAAUGAACAUUCGACUAUCAAAUUGAACAUACACACCACACUCAUAAAAAAUUAACUGCUUGCGAAGCUAGUCACGAGCAAAAAUAUUGGAAAUUCAUUAAUCUUGAAUGCAUUUGAUGGCAUGGUGAUGUAGCUAAUCACUGUUUUUUUUGCGUGUCGAUGAACAUAAACGCGCUGUUCAUUGUGCAGCUGCAAUUCAACCACAACAUAUCGUGUUUCGUUCAAUGUCACACGGCAUCAAAUUCGAUUUAUCGAAUUGUAUAGAUUGCUAAUUUCUGCAUUAUUAAAUCACAAUCGUUCGAUAAAAUGCGCAGCGCUUAAAUUAAUUUCAACAUUUGUUUUUAUAUAUGUAUAUAUAUUUCAUUCUGGCGAACAUUUAAACAGAGAUAAUUUCCCAGCAAUUUUUUUUGAAUAUAUAUGCACAUUAUUCGCAUUGGCAUUCCAUUCACAUUCAAACAUUCCAUAGUGUUUAAUUGCUAAUGCCGAGUGUUGGUUAAAGCUCACGACCGUAACACUCACCUCGGUGCAACCGCUUAGGGAAUUCUUGUUCCCGUUUUAUUAAAUAUUUCUGCAAAUUGGCAUUGGUUUUCAUUUGCAAAUGGAUCAUUUAAGCCCAUCAACGUCGCCGAGUUCAGGUGGCACAACACCUAAGCGGCGAGCACGUCUACAACGUUCAGAACGAUUGCACAGUGAUUCACAUACACCGUAUUCAUCGUGGGAGGCACUUGUACGAGACUCUUUCGGUCACAUUGCUUGGCCAAUCAAAAUUACCUCUUGGGAAUUGGUUAACAUAACGGAUGGAGAUGUAGUUCCGACCAGCUCAUCGGCUACCGAAUUAAUAUCCCGGCGUGGUGUGUUCUCUCGUCGCCAUUAUGGUUCAACGGAUCAGCUACCUCAAACCGAUCUGGAUGCGCUCGAUCCGAAUUGUCGACGUUUUCGUUUGGAAAAUGGUGAAUCCCUUGCCGAAAUCGAUGAGGUUUUCGGGUCACCAAGUACGCCGAUUUUGGAAAAUCCGGAACAUCAAACAAGAUGGUAUUUCAAAUAUUUUCUUGGAAAAUUGCAUCAAAAUUACGUGGGAAUCGACUGCGAGAAAAAUCCAUAUUUUCUCUCAAUUGUAUCACACGAAUCUGGAAACAAAUCAACACCAUUGUAUAGAGCCAUGUUAUUCCGUAAACAGGGAGCUCAAAAGAUAUCGCUCACUCUUCAUCAAAAUCAAAAGCCCACCGUAAAACAAAUGCUGUCACAUUUUUCGUCAAUGGAUGCGACGAAGACACCAAAAGAGAUCUUUUCACCGGACAUACAGAAAGAUUUAUUACUUUUGGAGGAGCAAGAGGGAUCUGUCAACUUUAAAUUUGGCGUGGUGUAUAUGAAAGCUGGCCAAAAGUGUGACGAUGAAAUGUUGAGUAACGAAUUUGGAAGUAAAAGUUUUGAAGAAUUUUUAGGUAUACUAGGCGAAAAAAUACGAUUGAAAGGAUGGGAACGAUUUCGAGGCGGUCUAGAUGUAAAAGGAGAUAUGACAGGAAAAUAUUCAAUUUAUACGUUGUACGAAGGACACGAAAUAAUGUUUCAUGUCUCAACGCUAUUACCAUUUUCUCGAGAUAAUCGACAGCAGGUCGAACGAAAACGUCAUAUUGGUAAUGACAUUGUGAACAUUAUUUUUAUCGAUGGCGACAGCUGCGACUUCUCGCCGAAUUGCAUCAAAAGCCAAUUUACACAUAUUUUUGCCGUGGUCACAAAGCAAAACGGUAUUUACAGGCUGUCGGUAUUUUGCGACGAAACAGUACCCCCUUUUGGACCAACACUUCCCAACCCUCCGGAUUUUCAGGAUGUUGCUGCAUUUCGAGAGUUUCUUCUUGUAAAGUUAAUCAACGGUGAAAAGGCAACAUUUCAAACACCCACAUUUUCACGGAAACGUGAACGCACGCUUGAAAUGUUAAUCAAAGACUUGUACGAAGAAUAUGCACAUGAUACAAAAACGAAUAUGCUGAAUCGGCGUGCAUUUUCAGAGGUAUUGUACGAUGCACCACGUACCUCGAAGUUAAAAGAAGAUGCACGUCAAGUGGAAUUUGUUCGUAUUGGACAGGCGUUGAAACUUGAAGCGAUUGUACGCGGAGAUGCGCCAACCAGCUUGGCAUCGACGGGACCGGGAUCGGUUUUCAAACGAUCACCAUGGGAACCGCAAUGUUUUUAUGCAGCUUUUCCAUAUCGUGGCAAUAUGAUAGGUGAUUCAAUUGGCCAUGAUGCAUUGGUGUUGGCUUGUGAUGAAGGGACAUUUCUUAUUCGAGAGGACCAAAGCUAUCAGAGUGUGUUCGAUAAAUCGUUUUGUGUGCGACAAAUGAGUGUCGUUGAGGAUCAUGGUAUUAUGCUGAUUCGUGGCGGAAGUGCCACCAAUAAAGAUGGCCAUCGAAUUCAUGUAUUCCGCAUCAAGGAAUUCAAAGAGGAAAUUAUCAAAAUUCGAUCUCGAAUUGAUGUUAAGGAUCGUCGCAUUGAAAAGACGCGCGGAUGCCAUUUGUUUGCUAUUUCAAAGGGUGGCGACGGACAUUUGAGAAUGGUUGUGACCAUUGGUCGAAAGAUUUUAACAUUUCAAUGGAAAUACACGGCCGCUUGGACAUCAUGGUGUUCAUCAACAAACGACAUGGAAACUGUUGACGGUUUCUUAUUUCAAAAAGAAAUUACCCUUCAUGAUAGUCCUAGUAUUAUAACAAUUUUGGAUACUCCCACAUCGGCCAGCACUGGAUUGCUUAUGUGCGUUGGUUACAAACAUCAUUUUGAAAUUGUUUGUGAACAAACGGGUCAUUGUACCCGUUUACAUGAUAUUGAAUCGUCAAAACGAUCCCAAUCACAAUUGGUAACUGCUGUCGAUCUAUGUGACGGCCAUGAAACGGAACUUUUGCUGUGUUACAAUCAUACAUGCCAUUUCCAAAAGCUUCAAGAUGAAAACAAAACCAAUUUGAACGAAUUUGAUUUUCAUUGGAAUACAUCGCCAACAUCAAUUGUCUGUGCAUUCCCGUAUAUAAUUGCAUUUACUCCAGAUUCAAUUGAAAUUCGAUUAUUAGUGAAUGGUAGUCUUGUUCAUACGGCCACAAUGCCAGAAUUGCAAUUAAUUUCAUCGAAGCGUGACAUCUAUUUUGCAACCACAGCGCCCGAAUUCAUACCAAAGGAUUUUCGCAUCGGUUGUUUAGAAAAUGAGCAAAUACAGGAAUCAACAGCAAGUCGUCGGCCCAGUCGCAUCAAUGAAUUUAGUAAUGAGCGUAUACUCGAAAUUCGGCAUAAAAUCGAUAAAAUCGAAGCACAACAGCGAAUUGAAAGCAGCGAGAAAUACAUACCAUCACCAUCAAAACUAAUUGCACAACCGGUGGAAAAGUUUGAACCACCGAUACACAUCAAUACUGAAGAUAAUUUUACAAAAUUUUUACCAUUACCGCGUAGCGAUCAGUCGCCGUGCAUUCAGCGUGCACGUUCAUUGCAGAAGCCAAAAGAGAGAAAUUUGGCUGACGACUCAAAACGUUUGAUUUCAAAAAGUAAUUCGUGUGGUGAUUCGUGUACGGCCAACAAUAAACCCGAACAUGACAUUUCAAUGACUGGUAAACAUAUAAAUGAACCAACUGUUCCACCGAAUUCACCGAAAGUGAAUUCAACGUCGCACAGUCCAAAUUCACCCACAAAAAUUCGUCUUUUAAAAUCACCAAAUAACAAUAGAUUAAUCCAAUUUGCUACGGCAAACACGGAAUCACUUCAAGCUACCGAAAAACAAAAGCCUUUGCGAAUUUUUCGCAUUCCGUUAUUCAAUUUGACUGGAACACAUUCCCAUUAUCAUAUUCACAAUAGUACACCAAAAGUAUCGAUUAAAGUACCGCCACGAAAAAUUGAAGAGGACGGAUUUGAAACAACCGAAUUUGAUGCACGCACCGAAGAUACGGCCGCUGCUACCACAACAAAUGGUGCGGCAGCAACGGAAAAUGACCAGAAUUGUGAUAUGAAAAAAAUUCGAAGUAAUUUACAAAAACUUUCCACAAAUUGCACAAAUUUAUCGCUGUUUUCAUCCAUUUAAUCGGUGGCAGUUUUUCAGGAAAUUUUCGAUUUGAACAUGUCAAUGUUCGACAUAAAUUGACGAAAUUAAAGAAAAAAACAAAGAAAAUUUAAACAAAACAGAUCUGAUUUCAGAAUCAGUGAGUAUUUUUAUACGGAAUGCACAGAAUGACAGCACACAUUUUUUUCUAUUAUAUUGUAAUGCAUACAAUGAUAUCGGAUUGAAGCGGGUCAA